GUAGCUUCGAUCAGCAGUUGGCACUGGUUAGCACCAGAGUCUUCUCUCUAGUUGGCAUUUACUUCAUGUGUUUGUUCUCACUUCUCGAUUGCUUCUCAUUAUUGUUUGCAUUUAUUGUAAUUGUUGUUUUUGAUUUGUUGCGCGAUUUGUUACUACGCUCAAACGUGAUUGACGUAAUUCAACGAAAUGAGCAUACUAAAUCGAUUUUCACGACUUGCUCCUCUAAGCACAGUCCGUCAUAAAAAUGUUUUUUACUUUUCCUCAAAAACCGACGGUCCACCGAUACCUGUAAAUCCUUUGAAAGAUAUAUACAGUGCCAACAGUCAAACCGGAACUGGAGUGAUAUAUGAUAAGAAACCAUUCAGGAUACAUCUCGAAGCUGGCAAGAAUUAUUCUUGGUGCCUCUGUGGACGAAGUAAGAAUCAACCGUUCUGCGAUGGCACGCACAAAGACAUUUUCCUUAAGAUAAAGCUCAGACCCAUACGUUUUACUGUUACGGAAACUAAGGAAUACUGGCUGUGCAACUGUAAACAGACAUCAAACCGACCCUUCUGCGAUGGCACACACAAAAGGCCAGAUAUACAGGAGAAGAAAUUAUAGAAGAAAUCAUCAAACUGUACUGAUAUAGAAUUAUAAAUUUCGAUAUAAAAGUUAUUUUUAUGGUGCACCACGCCUUUUAUAGAUAUUUUAAGUGAUGUAUAUAAUAUACAUAUUAAUAAAAAUAUCUUGGACAUAAUA